AAUGCUUUCAAAUUUUGAUAGUUUAAUUCCAAUAAUAUGUGUCACAUGUAGAUAUGAAUUGCUCUAAAAGUUUAAUCAAAAAGACAGAAAACACACACUUGCCUAUUGCAAAACAUUACUCCAUAUCUAUAUAUAUAGCUUCACCAUCCUUAAACAAAUCUCAUAAUCAAUAUUUCAAACAUUUCCCAAGCAAAAAUAAAAGAUUAGAAAUUAGAUAGAAGGAGAUACUAAGGUACAAGACAUGAAGAUGAAGUUCACUACAUUAGUUUUCAUCGCGUUUGUUCUGUCCUCCCUAACUCCGACUAAAGCAGAGGAGAAAGAGCCAUGUGUCGUGACUGAUCUUAUAGCAUGCCUGCCAGCAGUACAAGGCGGAAGCCCACCGUCGACAGAAUGUUGCACAAAAUUGAAAGAAAAGCAGUCGUGUUUUUGUGAGUACUGGAAAAGCCCAUUGGUUGCUCCAUAUAUGACAUCUGCUAAACAAGUUUUAGAAGCUUGUGGAGUACCUGUUCCCGUUUGUCAAAGUUUUUAAUAUUUACAAAAUAAUUCUUAAUGGUACAAUUAUCAAAAUCACAUGUUAUAAUGUUUAUCAUGUCAUCGUUAUAUGAACCUACUUCAAUACAGUAGUGUUCGUUUUCAUAUAUAUAGAUCGUUUGAUAAACUGAUAACAUAGUAACAAUACAAAAAAAAA